UCUUUUUAGAUAGAUAGAUAUUUAUUGUAAAUAAUCUAAAUAUAAUUCUGGAACUCGGCAUUUUAUUGAAAAUAUGAAUUUAGUUAGAUACUUUUGUCCACGAUAUGUUCCACUGUAAUUUAGUAAAGUAGGACUUAAAAUACUUACUGAAUGUUAGAUGCGAAACCAUACAUUUUAUAGGUAUAUCCAGCAUAAUGCAAUGUACAAAGCUUUCUCUUCAAGAUAGAUCAAAAAUAAAACCAUCAAAAAGUGAGAGGUCGGGACGAUUUUGCGAAAAACGGAUGGUGGACCCCGGACAUGAAGAAGAUCCGCGAUGGAGCGAUAAAAUGUUUUAUUGCAGUGAUGUUGAUAUCAAUGAAAAAAAUGACAAAUGCAGGUUACAAAGCGGAAACGAACUAGUUCUUACCGUACAAAACAUACAAUUUAAAGGAAACGUUGAACAAAAGAAAAGACCGCGGACUGGUUUCAAAUACAAAUCACUACCAGCUAACCAAAAGCAUAGAAUGUUCGUGAGAGAAAAUGUCGAAGAUUUGGAUCAAAAUGCAGAUUGCUACUCCGAGCUCAGCAAUUAUUUUGAUAAUUAUGCUAAAUACUUCACAAAUAGCAAUUCUUCCCCAACUUCCAGCAAAUCUAGUUUAAUUUUAAACGAUUUCAUUGAUAGACAUACCGAAAAUAAGGCUAUUCAAGUGGACAUGGGAUGCAAAACAAAAAAGAAACAAAAGUUUCAUUUAAAGACUAAUAAACUCCAAAAACAUAAAACUUACCACGAAAAUAACGUCGAAAUUAUAGAAAACGAUGAUGAUACAAAGAUAUUAUUUCAUAAGAAUAGUAAGCGAAAAAGUAUUACUAUUACCAGGAAUGAGAGCCCUGCAACCCUCCAAAUAAUAAGAGUGGAUGUUGUUUGCAGUUAUAGCAGCAGUUCAACUAUGUCUGAUUAUGAAGAACGUAAAAAAAUUUCAUCCAAUGACGUGAAAGAAAAUAUAACAACCAACACAAAAUCACAUCUAACCAAUAAAUACAUGUUGACAAAUUCAGUAAAAACUUUGGAUGAGAAUAUUUCAAGUGGAAAGGUUACCUUAUUGUGUAAAACAUUUAAAUUAAGUGAUAGAUCGAAAACAUUAUAUAAUAAAAAUUCUAAAGUAUAAAUGUACAACCUCAAUCUGUAUAUUCACGAUUUAAAUUCGAAUGAACAUUCUUUGUUAAUUCUGUUA